CGCACGCGCAGGGGCCGGGGCGCGCGCCGAGCGGGGGGCGCCGCGCGGGUGCAGCACGAUGGAAGGGGGUGCGUACGGAGCCGGCAAAGCCGGGGGCGCCUUCGACCCCCACGCGCUGCUCCGGCAGCCGCACACCAUCCUGCGCUUCGUGUCCUGGGUUUUUGCCAUCGUGGUGUUCGGCUCCAUCGUGAACGAGGGUUACCUCAACAGCAACCAGGAGGGCGAGGAGUUCUGCAUCUACAACCGCAACCCCAGCGCCUGCAGCUACGGCGUGACGGUGGGCGUGCUGGCCUUCCUCACCUGCCUGCUCUACCUGGCGCUGGACGUCUACUUCCCGCAGAUCAGCAGCGUCAAGGACCGCAAGAAGGCUGUCCUGUCGGACAUCGGCGUCUCGGCCUUCUGGGCCUUCUUCUGGUUCGUGGGCUUCUGCUUCCUGGCCAACCAGUGGCAGGUCUCCAAGCCCGAGGACAACCCGCUCAACGAAGGCACCGACGCCGCCCGGGCUGCCAUCACCUUCUCCUUCUUCUCCAUCUUCACCUGGGCGGGCCAGGCCGUGCUGGCCUUCCAGCGGUACCAGAUCGGCGCCGACUCGGCCCUCUUCUCCCAGGACUACAUGGACCCGAGCCAGGACCCCAGCAUGCCUUACGCGCCCUACGUGGAGCCCAGCGCGGGGCCGGAGCCCGCCGGCAUGGGCGGCACCUACCAGCAGCCGGCCUUCGACGCCGAGCCGCAGGGCUACCAGUCCCAGGGCUACUGAGCGCCGGGCCGGCCCCCACCGC